AUGUGCGGCGCCAUCUUGCUGAUCCUCACGGCAAUCAUGAUGAUCCAUGGCAUCACUCUGCUUGUCAUGUGCAUGGUGGAGUCCGCGCGGCGGCAGAAGCAGGGCUACUGCAACUUCUCGGACACAAUGGUGUUCUCCUUCGGCGAAGGACCCAAGUGGUGCAAGUACUGCGCCAAAGCCGCUGGCUUCCUGGUGGACGUAGUGCUCAGCAUCUCCCACUACGGCGUCUGCGUGGUCUAUCUCGUGUUUGUGGCCGUCAACCUGAAGCAGCUGGCGGAACAUUUCAAAUUCGACGUGGACCUGCGCAUCUACAUAGCGAUCGUGGGGCUGUGCACGAUACCGCUCUUCCUCGUACGGCUUCUCAAGUACCUGGUGCCUUUUAACAUGGUGGCCAAUAUCGUCAUGUAUCUCUGUGGGAGUGGUAAGUCCUGCCAGCCAUCCAGGCCUGUUCUCUGUCCUCCGACUAAUCCUUAUCGUAAUCCUAAUCUUCAUCAGAUGCUGGCCAUUGAGGCGAAGAUGGCCCAGCCGCAGAAUUACAUCGGUCUGUUCGGCGUCCUGAACCUUUUCGCCGUCAUGGUCGUCAUCUCCUACCUGCUAUUCGCCAUCAUGGGCUACUGGAAGUACGGACCGCUCGUUGACGGCAGUAUAACCCUCAAUCUGCCCACCGACGAAGUAAUCUCGCAGAUCUCCAAGGCGCUGAUCAGCCUGGCUUUGUUCCUGUCGUACCCCCUGUCCGGCUAUAUCAGCAUCGACAUCCUUGUCAACCACUACCUGAACCGCGGAGACCGGCUGAGGCAUCCGCACGUUGUCGAGUACAUUUGCCGGGUGUGCUUCGUGCUCGUGAGCACCGUCAAUGCGGUGGCCUUCCCCAAUCUGGGGCCCCUGCUGGCCUUCGUCGGCGCCCUCACCAUAUCGCUGCUCAAUCUGGUCUUUCCCGCCUGCAUCGAUAUGUGCCUCAACUACCACGCCCCCUAUACCUACGGCAAGCUGAGGUGGCAGCUCGUCAAAAACAUUCUGCUGAUCAUCGCUGGCCUGCUGAUCCUCGGCUACUGCUGCACCCUGUCCGUUCAGGACAUGAUGAAGGAGUACGGCGGCAGCAAAAAGUCGUUCAGCGCGAAAAACGUGUCCGUUGGAGUGCUGACCCCUGAAUAA